ACUUUUUCCGGUUGGAGACGUGGCUCUGCUUUCUCUGUGCCUGCUGCAAGUCUGAUUACGUUAGCCUGACAAGAAAUAAACAAAGACCGUGUAGCGUUAAUCACGGGUUUAUUGUUUUUUUUAAACGAUUCUUUAUUUUAGCUGGGGAAUUCAGCACCUUAAGACGGAUCCAAAAUGGUGCUCUUGGCAGCUGCAGUGUGCACGAAGUCAGGAAAAGCCAUCGUAUCGCGACAGUUUGUUGAGAUGACCCGCACUCGCAUCGAGGGUCUCCUUGCUGCCUUUCCAAAACUGAUGAGCACAGGGAAGCAGCACACCUUUGUGGAGACAGACAGCGUGCGCUACGUCUACCAGCCCUUAGAGAAACUUUAUAUGGUUCUCGUCACCACAAAGAACAGCAACAUUCUGGAGGACUUGGAGACACUACGUCUUUUCUCUCGUGUGAUCCCCGAGUACUGCCGUGUGCUGGAGGAGAGUGAGAUCUCGGAACACUGCUUCGAUCUCAUAUUUGCUUUUGAUGAAAUUGUUGCUUUGGGCUACAGGGAAAAUGUUAACUUGGCCCAGAUCAGAACUUUCACCGAAAUGGACUCACAUGAGGAGAAGGUCUUCCGUGCAGUCAGAGAGACCCAAGAACGCGAAGCUAAUUUAGAGAUGAGGCGGAAGGCUAAAGAGCUGCAGCAGGCGAGACGGGAUGCAGAACGUUCCGGCAAAAAAGCACCUGGCUUUGGAGGUUUUGGAAGUUCAGGAAUGAGCAGCACAGCUACAAUUAUAACAGACUUGGUGGAACCAGAGAAGCCUAAAUCAGCUCCUGUAUCAGUUAGGCCUAGUGGUCCUAGUAAAGCACUGAAGCUGGGUGCUAAAGGAAAAGAGAUUGAUAACUUUGUAGACAAACUCAAGUCGGAGGGUGAAAAUAUUGUGAUGACCAGUGCAGGAAAGAAAGCUUCAGAUGUAUCCAAUGUCCUUCAGCCUCCAGUGAACACAGAAAGUGUACAUUUGAAGAUAGAGGAGAAAAUGUCUCUAACCUGUGGACGGGAUGGUGGAGUGCAGAACAUGGAGGUCUUGGGUAUGAUCACACUGAGAGUCUCAGAUGAGAAAAAUGGCCGCAUCCGCUUGCAUAUCAACAACAAUGACAAGAAAGGCGUGCAACUGCAGACCCAUCCUAAUGUAGAUAAGAAGCUGUUCACUGCAGAAUCUUUGAUUGUCCUAAAAAAUCCAGAAAAGUCUUUUCCCCUGAACAGCGAUGUGGGCGUGCUGAAGUGGAGGCUACAAAGCACAGACGAAUCCCUCAUCCCUUUAACCAUAAACUGCUGGCCUUCAGAAAGUGGAAGCAGCUGCGACGUCAACAUUGAGUAUGAGCUCCAGGAGGAUGAUCUUGAACUCAAUGAUGUAGUCAUCACCAUCCCUGUGCCGUCAGGAGUAGGUGCUCCUGUUGUUGGAGAUCUUGAUGGCGAGUAUCGCCAUGACAGCAGGAAAAACAUUCUUGAAUGGUGCCUGCCUGUCAUUGAUGAAAACAACAAAAGUGGAAGUUUGGAGUUUAGCAUAGCUGGAAGGCCAAAUGACUUCUUCCCAGUGAAUGUCUCAUUUGUUUCUAAACGCACCUAUUCCAACAUUGAGGUGGCCAAAGUGACCCAGGUAGAAGGGGACACCCCGGUGAAAUUCUCCACCAACACUUCCUUUGUUGUUGACAAGUAUGAGAUACUCUAAAAGACUUUUCCAUGUUUCUAGCCUGCCUGCCUACCUGUGUAACGGUUUGGACACGGUACAAUCGGAGUGUCCGAAUUUCUCCCAAUGGCGUGCAGUAUUUGUGUAUUUGUUUGUAUGGCAAAAGAAAUUAUAUAUGUUUAUAUAAAAUAAAUCUAAAUGAUAAACGAACCACAUCCUUAACAUACAGAUGGACCUUGAACUUUGUGACUUUAGGUCACUGGGAUGGCUUUACAUCACAUCACAUCAUAUACCACACACGUACAGUAAUAUAAUAAAUCUUGACCUAUGAGUCUUCAUGACCCCUGAAAUAAAUUAUAGGAGGAACAUGAGAGUUGCCCGAGUGUAAUAUAUUUCUCUAUUUUAACCUUACAGAGGCACCAACACUCAACUAAUAAUAUGUAAACUGACUCAUUUGAUAGAAUGAAUGAAAUAACAGGAAGUUUUUCCAUUUUACGUUCAUUCAUAAUGAACUGAUCAUGGCUCUGUGUUGAAAUAUAAAUAGCAAGUUUUUACUGGUUUCUGUAUUUAGGAGGGCAGUUCUUGUUUUUAUUCUUGUUUCUAAUUUUUAUUUUAGAUCCAUUCAAGGCCCAUCCAGGCACAAUAUUGUUUUCUGUCUGCUUUUAAAAUUAAUUUACUUUCUGUAUCUUUUUUUUUUUUUUUUUUUU